GCGUUUGCCGACCGAAUUGAUGUGGGCAAAGCAGGAUUUCUUAUCGAAGAAGGAUAAUAAUAAUGGAGCUCAGUGGGAAAAAAAGUUAGACGUUUCGGGUUCGACGAUGUAUAGUUGGUAGUUACAUAGUGACCUGGGGCAACUGGCUGGACAGCAUUCUAGACCUUCCUCUCAGCCAUCACAGCCAUCAGUCCUCACCUCUGCCUUUUGCCAUUCCUUACUGCUGCUUCUCCUCCUAUCAGACGAUUAUCUAGACCUCUACAAACCGUAUGCUGUAGUCGGUGCCGUACGGCGGAUGGCGAUGACCUCUCUACCGCUGCGAUCCAAGGCGGACGAGGAGGCGCGCCUCCGCAAUCAACCUACCACGAGCAACACCGCUGCUGCUCCUCAUUUGAAUCUCCCUCUCGUGUUGACCCCGGAGUCAGAAGAGGGAAGAGAACUCCAUACCGAUGAUGAUGAGCAACAACAAAAAUCAGAAAAAAAGGCACACGCAUCCGCAAAGGCCACGGACGAGACGACAUCCACAGAAGACGAUGGACCCUGGGCGCGCAUCUUCGUCCGCACGCCAAUCCCAACACUCGUUCUCGACGCAGACCUGGACAUCAUCCAGGUAUCCGACAGCUUCCUGGCGCUGUCAGGACAUACUCGGGAAGAAUGUCGGGGACGGAGCGUAUUCGAGCUGACCAGCAUCGGCAUCCCCGCGGUCGGUCCCGCUGCCUACCGCAACACCAUCUCGACAGCUAUCGCCAUCCGCGCUCCCCAGGUGAUUGUGGACGUCGAAUGGGCCGGUCACAGCCUCAGCAAUCUACGGGUGACCCCCGUCCAUGAGGGGGACAGGCUCUGCAACAUCCUGAUCGAGGUCCUCGACAUCACAGAGAUGGUGCCGCGACGGAGGCCUGGCCGGGAACAGCUCUACGUGAACGAGACCUACCGCAUUCUUAUCGAUACCGUCAAGGACUAUGCUAUCUUCAUGCUCGACACUGAGGGCUACGUGCUGACCUGGAACGCGGGCACCUCCAUCCUCAAGGGAUACAGCGCAGAAGACAUCAUCGGCCAGCACUUCUCCGUCUUCUACGGCCAGGAAGACCGAAUCGCCGAGAAACCCAGGAAGGAGCUGGAGAUCUGCAAGCGGGAUGGCAAGGUCGAGGAUGAAGGCUGGCGAUACCGUAAAGAUGGAACCCGUUUUUGGGCCAAUGUCAUGAUCUUCCCCGUUCACCAGUGUGGCCGCCAUGUCGGUUUCGCCAAAGUCACCCGCGACUUGACCCCCCGGAAGGCAGCAGAGGCACGCCUGAUCACCGCCUACGAAGAGUCGUCUAAUAUGAAGACAGAAUUUCUAGCCAACAUGAGCCAUGAGAUCCGGACGCCGAUGCAUGGCAUGCUGCUCGCCCUCACCCUCCUCUCCGGCACCGAGCUCUCCGAAAAUCAGAGAGAGUACGUCUCCAUCAUUGAAGAAUCGGGCUCUAUCCUGCUGCAGGUCAUCAACGAUGUGCUCGAUUAUUCAAAGCUGUCAUCGGGCUCCUUCUCGAUCAACGCAGAUGUCCUCAGUGUCGAGGAUGUGGUGGGAUCGGUUGUGCGCAACUGCAGGUCCGCCCUGAAGCCGGGCGUUCAGCUAGAAACUAUCAUUCAACCUAAUCUCCCGAAACAUCUCCGCGGUGAUCCCCUGCGUUUCCGCCAGAUCGUCCAGAACCUUGUUGCCAAUGCUGUCAAGUUCACUGAGCAGGGAUAUGUCCGCGUUCAUGUCAGUUUCACCGAGGAAUCGAAGGGUGACGGCUACAUCGUCCGCUGCGAGGUAGUAGACAGCGGUAUCGGUGUUCCUGAAGAUGCCGUGAGCACCCUGUUUACCCCCUUUAUGCGCUUUGCAAAUACGACCCAGCAGCGCUAUCAGGGCACCGGGCUAGGUCUCUCCAUCUGCAAGAGUCUGGCGGAACUCAUGGAUGGCUCUGUGGGCUUUGUUUCGAACCCGGAGGGUCAGGGAAGUGUCUUCUGGCUGUCACUGCGACUAGAAACGCUGGAGACCAGCCAGUCGGACAAGCCGCAGCGCAUGAAUACCCCAUCUCCAGACCCAAGCAGUGCCAUCCGGGACGUAGCCCCCCGCAAGCAGCUGCUGCUAGUGGAGGACAACACUGUCAACCAGACCAUCAUGCUGAAGCUGUUGAAGACUCUAGGAUUCGAGCGGGUUGAUGCGGCGUGGGAUGGCGCAGAGGCUGUCUCACUGGUCCGGCAGAAACCCCUGUCCUAUCACGCCAUCCUUAUGGACAUCAAUAUGCCGGUCAUGGAUGGCAUGCAAGCCACGCAGGAGAUUCGAAAGAUGAAGUCGGACAUUCCAAUAAUUGCCAUGACCGGGAACGCACUCAAAGGCGACGAGGAGACAUAUCUGGCUAAGGGGAUGAACGAUUACAUCGCUAAACCCGUUAAUCGGCAACAUUUGAUCAGAAUUCUUUUAAGGUGGCUGGAAUGACGGGUUGCUUUCAGGUAGCUUCAGUGUCUUCUCGACACUCUUCUUGCAGCAUUUCUUUUUUCCCCCAGAUUAUGCAAGCGUGUCCGCAGUGGACCGCCGAUUAUGUUAUAUGCCAAUUUCCCGGUCAUCAGCUAUUUAGCUGUUCUUUUGUCAACGCCACUGUUGACCUGAUGACGGAGCGGUAUGUCGCUUCGUUUCAAGCGUCAUGGCGGAGGUCUCUUUUCUACCUGGCUCCCUUUUCCUUCGUCUGCUGCAUUGACUCGUGGAGACACCCAUACAGUGGUUUGUCAUCCCAUUCUGCACGAAUACAAUUAGGACAUAGGUUUUAUUCGGAGUUUGUUGGUUGCAUCUGACGGGCGCUUUUUCGUAAUGUCUGACGUGACGCUCCCGGUGGUUUCAUGAAGUCAUGUGUUAUGUACAGUACUGGUUUUCUCAAGUGUUGAUAUCACCUACGUUGGCCUCUUGAA